AUGGUGGACAUAUCUCAUCAAUUCAUCACCUGGCCAAAUCGUGUUCAACAGCAGGAAAUCAUGCGGGAGUUCUUCACAUCUGCUGGAUUUCCCAACGUCAUAGGAGCUGUUGAUGGCUCACACAUACGUAUCAUUAUGCCGAAAGAUGGCCACGACUUCAUAAAUAGAAAGAAUUUCGCGUCGAUCGACGUUAUGGCUGUAUGUGACAGCAAAGGGAUCGAACCUACGACCUCCCGCUACGUAGGCGGACGCCUAACCACUAGGCCACGGAGACGUUCAUGUACUAACACAAAAAUGAAUGAUGUUCACUUACAGGUUGUACAGUACCUGGUGCAGAAAAGUAGGUUUACAUUCCUUGACGCCAGAUGGCCAGGCUCAUCGCACGACAGUUUUAUUUAUCGUGCAAGUGAUCUUGCGGACCACAUGGACGCAAUGAACAGAAGUUGGACUGAUGGCAUUUUAAUUGCUGACAGUGGGUAUGCCUGUUCUCGUGUCAUGAUGACACCAUACAGAGUGGCCGAUACUCAGCAGAAAAUUAAUUUCAACCGGGCACACUCAAGGACAAGGGUUGCUGUGGAAAUGGCUUUUGGUCGCUGGAAGCGACGAUUCGGAAUUCUACAUGGAGAGGUAAAUAUAAAAUACGAAUAA